AUGGCCGCCGCCAAGAAAGUCGCUGUCAUCGCUACCAGCACCCGCAAAGUCAGAAUCGGCCCCAAAGUCGCAGAAAUCGUCAAAAACACCAUCAGCCAAGACGCCUCCACCAACAAGAUUGACCUUGCGCUCGUCGAAGUCGCCAAAUUCAACCUACCCGUCUACGAUGAAGUCGCCCUUCCCGCCCAGGUGCCUGCCGUUGCCAAAUUCGAGCAUGCUCACUCCAGCGCGUGGAGCAGUGAGAUCGCCAAGUACGACGGGUACAUCCUCGUCGUCCCAGAGUACAACUACGGCAUGGCCGGUGGUACGAAAAACGCCAUCGACUACCUGUACAACGAGUGGAUCGGCAAGCCGGCAGCUGUGGUAAGCUACGGCAUCGCGGGCGGCAACCGGGCGUCGGAGCAGGUCAAGGGCACGUUGGAGGGCAUGAAACUCCGUGUUGCGGCGACCCGCCCGGCGCUGUCAUUUGCGGGCGGCGCCGGCCCAGAUCUAGUGGCAGCCAUUAAAGGCGAGGUUGGAGAAGACUCGCGCAAGGAUUGGGAGGCCAAGUUGGAGGAUAUCCUCAAGGCAUUUGGGGAGCUGAAGCAGCUCUUGAGCGAGCCUCCAGCGCCUAAAGCCCCGCUUGCUAUUUGA